AUGCUUACAAAACUUGCCAUAGGACGAGGUUGUUGUCAAGAGCCGCCUCCAAUCUGUCCCAAUGGUGGUCGAGCAUUUCAAAGAUGCAAUCGAGGAGCAGACUGCCCUCCUGGUUUUGGAUGCACACCUCUUGGAGGAUGUUGCCUGCUAUCCAUGGAACCAGUUUGCCCACCGCAAAGCACUCCUAUAUGCCAGUGCUCACCAAACAGGGCUUGCCCCAUGGGUGCAACGUGCACCAUGGGAACGUGCUGUGCCGCAGGUCUUGAUCAUGAGAAAGAUUAUGCAAAGCCAGCAAACAAGUUUUUUUUAGCUUCUGCUUUGGCUCAGUUCAGUCAGAUUCCUGGGUCUAAGUGCCAAGCGUCAACUCAGUGCAAUGGCUAUAUGAACUCAUGCGCUCAGUGCACACAAGGAAUUUGUGCCUGUGUGAAUGGAGCUGCGUCGAAUGGAGCCAGUUGCCUUCAGAUGCCCGCGAAAACGUUAAUUCUAGCUCGGAAUGGGUGUGAUCAGUACGGAUCACCUUGCAACGUGUACUUGUCAUCAGCUCGCCGAAAACCAAUAAUCGCGCCAGUCGGGAAUAUCACGGAAACUCCACUCUUUUUCAACGUCGCCAAGGAGCGACAAUGUGUAUCCAAUUCCACCAUCGCAGACUUCGAUCCUGAUAGCACCUGCCUACCUAAUGAGAAAUGCAUUGAUGGAGUUUGCCGAAUGAAACUAUGGCCGGGCGAGUACGGCUGCAUCAGCGAUGAAGAGUGUUCCUCACGUUGUGUGAAUACGUACUGUGAGAGAAAGAAGAGCGACAAGAACGUCGCUCAGUGUCAGUGCCGCGAUGGGCUACUCCUGUUUGGGCGUUGCUUCAAGUAUGACAAGUCAUUGCCCGCAGAGACUGGACACCGUUGCAGACAGCAGACGGUUAGAAAAGUAGCGUUUGAUCUGACAAAGGAAGAAUAUUCGGUGCAGUCCUCAUAUGAGAUGACUCUUAUAGAGAAUGGAUCGCUGAUUCUAAAAUUGCUUUUGAAGUCUGCAAAACUCUCUCAGUGCCCUCAAGGUUUCCACGAAUCGGGCGCCUACUGCAUGUAUGACAACGAAGAUCUCUUCUGGGCAGAUGGUGACGCACAAGAUCGCAUCAAAGCUCUCUUGAAUGCAUCGCCUUGCUAA